AUGGCAGAAGACGUGUCGCAAGCACCUCCGCCAGGUCUAGCCCUCGACGGCACCGCCGACCGAUCCACCGGUGCAACAGCCGGACCCUCGACCUCGACCCAGCCAGCCGCGACGAGUACACGUGACGGCAACCCCGCCAGCGACCCCGACGGCGAUACCCUAAUGACCUCUGCUGCUCCCACUGCAACACGCGUCCCGAACAGCGCUACCGACCCAGCAGGCGCACCACCCACGCCCGAGGCAUCGCCCAAAGCCAUUCCUGCCACCACCACCACCACUGCCACAACCACCACCGCAGGGCCGACCGAGCCUGCCGGGCCCGUCCCGCUGGAUUCACCCCUGCGCACGACGCCCAUCCAUCCCUCGCUGCCCUCGGUGAAGGUGCCCGAAACAGCACUCUCCGGCAGCGCGACGGACACCAAUCCCAUCACACUGCAGCCGUUCACGGAGGCCGAGCUUUCCAAGUACGGGUUCGCGAAGCUGCGGGCGCAGAUCUUCGCGGCCGCGGGGACCACGGCGCACGGCGGCGGCGGCCACCACGGUGGAGCACUGAGUGAUCGCGAGAGGGAGGAGAUUGCGCGCUUGCGCGACGAGACUGCCGCGGCGGUGAAGCAUAGGCUGGAGGAGAGGGAGGCGCGGGUCCGCGAGAUUGAGCGCGAGAUGGAGGAGAAGGAGAAGAUCAGGGAGGUGGAGCGGAAAGUGUUUCGGAAAAAGUUGGGCAAGGAUGGGUGA